UUGGCGACCGGCGGUGACCUCCAGGACAUGAUCGACAAACUCAAGCGUCCCGUCGAUGACAGUAAAGCCCGCGUUAUCUUCAGACAAGUGGCCGAAGGACUGAAAUACAUCCAUAACGAGGGCAUUGUUCACCGCGACAUCAAGUGUGACAACGUUUUGCUGUUUGAUGACCAGAAAGUGGCCAAAUUGACUGAUUUCGGGUUCGCCCGCACUUCAUAUCUGGCGCCCACCGGUCAAAGUGUUUUGGUGUCGACCACUUGCGGGACUCAGGAGUACUGUUCCCCUGAGUUGUUAAGUAAUGAUCCGUUUAGCCCGAAGCCAAGCGACUGCUGGUCUCUCGGAGUUGUCCUAUACGUGAUGACCACCCGAAAGACUCCCUUCCCUUUGAGACAUCAGAGGCGCAGACAAUUAACAAAGAGGUACUCAAAGACUGGCAUCACUAACGAUGACUGCAAAGACCUGAUCCAAAAGAUACUCGAACCAAAAACACUCGCGGGAAACGGUGUCCACCAAAGACAGACCCGAGUGUACACAUGGAUUGGACACAAGAAUGAGUUGAUGGACUAUACGGUGAGACAAAUGGAAAUCAAAUUGAGUGUUUGGGAUAAAUGUAAACUCAAACAAAGUGGUUAUGUUUUAGAGAAGAAACCAUUGAGUUGUGGAUAUUUCGGAUCUGUCUAUAAGAGUCGUUACUAUUCAGUGAAUUCAGAGAACAGUCGAGCGGUGAAAGUGAUUGAUUUGAAGACAGUUUGUGACGGCUAUAGUGACAGACAAUUGCCCCGAGAAUUGAAUGUUUUGUUUGAACUCAAACACGAAUUUAUUGUCAAAACACAUCACAUCAUUCCUGUUGUGACCAAAGUGUUCAUUUGCACUGAAUUUGCUGACAGUGGAGACCUCUCGGACGCCAUUCCCGCCAAUGGUAUGGACGACAACACCGCUAAGACAAACGACUGCUGGUCUCUGGGAGUGAUACUCUUUGCGAUGACCACUGAUAGGCUUCCAUUCAGUAUUGAAAGUGAAGUAAUACAACAGCGAAACAAGACUUUUGAACGACAACUCAAUCCCAACACAUCCACUGAGUGUAAAGACUUGAUUCGCAAAAUACUGGAACCGGAUAUCAAUCUUCGACUGAAAAUCGAUGCCACUCUUAGUCAUCAAUGGCUAAGCAAUGAAUGA